GCCAGUCCGAGAAGCUCCGACUCCGACUCCGGCAAAUCGUUGUGAUAAAGUGCGCAAAGGAUAUUCCUUCGAUUAGAAUUUUUAGAGAGGCACAACGCCAGGUGUGUCAGGUGCUAAAUUUGUGUUCGAUUCGGUUGAAGACAGUGGAACGGGGACACCAUGAGAGCUGUCAUGUUGCUACCCUGCUUGGCCCUGCUCGUUUGUGUGCGGGCAGCGGUGACAGGACCGGAGGCUAGGUCCUCCAGUACAAACCCCAAGGACCAGCAGCUGGCCACGGCCAGUGUGGGAGUCCUUGACUCUGUGCUAAGGGGAAAGAGCCGCCAGUCGCGGUGUGUAAGAUGCUACGAAGAUCGUGAUAGGGAUCGGUAUUAUGGAGGAUAUUCCAGUCGCACAGGCGAUGAUAUGCGCAGCAGUGCCUGGUACUAUUCGGGAUAUGAUGAUCGCAGCAGCAGCAGCCGAGGUGGCGACCGUGACUACGACCGGUACUACGAUCGGUAUCGUAAUUACUACGACGAUCUCUAUUCACCGAGGACCUACGAUCGGUAUGAGGGACGAGGCUAUGAUGAUUAUAGGCGAGGAUCCUACGGAGGAGCCGGAUCAUACGAUCGUGAUCGUGGUUAUGGAUACGACAACAGGGAGAGAGAUAGAUACUAUGGUGAUCGGUACAGCGAGGGCUCUUCUAGAGACCGCUACUAUGAUCGCUCGAGGAGCAACUAUGAUCGCUAUGAUCCCUACGAUCGCUACUACUCCAGGUAUGAUUUUCGCAACUAUCGCCCUUGGGAUGAGACCUACAGAGGCCAAUCCGGCUUCGAUAACUCCGGACGGGGCUAUUACUUUGUCGGUGACGCCGAGGACGAUAGCGAUACUGGCCGGAAUCGUGGCUAUGGCGGUGGUUACUCCUAUAACCGACCCUCGCCCGCGCUAAACUCGCCCUGCGGCAGCCGCCUCUUGGGCAGUAAUUGUCCCUAUUCAGGAGGCGGCUCCAAGGUCACAUCCUCGGCCAUUGGCAGCGAUAGUUCUCGCGUGGGUGGCCACACCAGUGUCAUGGGCUCGGAUGGUGGUCCCGGCAGCUGGACAUAUUUGGGGGAUCAGGAUAAAAAUGGCGGAGGAGGCAGCUCGAGCGGCAGCAGCAGCAGCGGCUCAAGCAGCGGCAGCAACGGGGGCUCUGGCAGCGGCGGCAGUCGGGAGCGGGAACGGGACAGGGAGCGGGAUGCACAGAGCUCUUCCUAUGGUGGCCGACCACGUCCUCUAGGCGUUAGCUAUCUGCUCGAACGGGACUCGGAUGCCGCAUCGGAUGGUCCAGGAAACACGGCGAAUCCAGCCGGCAAUGGUGGUAGUGGUGGUGUUGGUGGUGCUGGUUCUGUUGGUCAGAGCAUGCCGGUCCCAGCUGCACAGACAGCCGCCGAGGGAAGCACCGGAAAGGCGGCGGAGCAGUGAUUCCAGGCACCGGAAAAGGAAAUGGAACUCGAAUCCAAGUCGGAUACGGUUCCGGAACUGGAGCCCAAGGCGUUCCAGCGGCUGGGAUAACUGCCGGACUGUGGGCGUGGCAGGGCUUAGUAUAACCUACCUUCCGUAUUUAUGUGUAACUCGUAAGCUAAGUCUCCAAAGAAACUAUUUAUGUGUGGCGCAGCUUUGCUCAAAUAAACAAAACUUCAAAGAUCCUCAA